UCAUCUGUCUCCCUCUCUAAUGCCUGCCAACUCAUAGUUUCAUCCACAGUUUUAGACCCCACUUGGAGCUUGAAGAUGGAUUCAAGAAUGGCUGCUACUUCAUGGACUCUUCUGGCUUUCAGCCUUUUCAUGUUGUUGGGUUUUUCUCAAUCCAGAGUCCCCCAAGAAGAAGAGGAUGCUCUCCAGAAAAUUGUUACAACAAUGGGUGCUACAUAUUGGAAGUUCAAUGCUGAUAACUGCAGCAUUGAAAUGGUUGGAAUAACACCAGAGGCACCAAGGGGUUCUGAGAAUGAUGUUGAAUGUGAAUGCGAUUCCAGUAACAACACUGUCUGCCACGUCACAAAGCUUAUCCUGAAACGUUACAAUCUUCCUGGAGUUCUGCCAUCUGAGCUUGUAAAUCUUCCUUACAUCAGGGACAUUGAUUUUGCUUACAAUUACCUUCAUGGUACAAUACCUUCAGAGUGGUCUUCAGCACAGUUGACUUCCAUCUCGGUAAUUGCAAACCGGUUAUCAGGGGAAAUUCCAAAAGAGCUGGGGAACGUUACCACUCUUACAUCCCUGAACCUAGAGGCAAACAAUUUUUCUGGAGCUGUCCCUUCUGAGCUUGGGAAAUUGACAAACUUGCAAACUCUAUUUUUGUCUUCCAAUGGAUUUACCGGGAAGCUGCCAACUUCUUUCUCCAGAUUAAUGAAUCUAACGGAUUUUAGGAUAAAUGACAACAACUUCACCGGACCAAUUCCUGAAUUUCUGCAGAACUGGCAAAAACUUGCAAGAUUAGAGAUGCAUGCAACUGGUCUUCAAGGGCCCAUUCCAGCAAAUAUAUCACUCCUGAAUAAUCUAUCUGAGUUGAGGAUUAGUGACAUUGCUGGGCCAACUCAAGGAUUUCCGCUGAUCAGUAAUCUUACAGGCAUAGUAAGACUGGUAUUCAGAAACUGUAGCAUUUCUGGAGAAAUACCUGCCUAUAUCUGGAGAAUGAGAAAAUUGGAGAUGUUGGAUGUCAGUUUCAAUAACUUAACAGGGGAAAUUCCAAACAAUAUCGACCCCAGAAUUUCUUUGAAAUUUUUAUUUUUGACAGGCAACCGUCUAAGUGGAACUGUACCUGACUCAAUCUUGAAGGAGGGAAGCAAUAUUGAUCUUUCAUACAACAAUUUUACCUGGCAAGACCCGGAGCGAGCUACCUGUCGACCAAACAUGAAUUUAUACAUAAAUUUAUUCAGGAGUUCUUCAACAACAAACACCUUGAGGAACAUUCUUCCAUGCGCAAGGGAUGUCACGUGUCCUACAUACAGGUGUUCAUUACAUGUUAAUUGUGGAGGAAAUGAUUUUAAUGCAAAUGAAGGUAAGAGGAAAGUUCUAUACGAAGGAGAUGCUGGAGUUGAUGGUGGUUCUGCUCGGUAUUUUAGGAGUAGCAGCAACUAUUGGGGAUUUAGUAGCACUGGUGACUUCAUGGAUGAUGAUAACUAUCAAAAUACAAGAUUUAUUGCGACUGUCCAGUCAACUAACCUAUCUGAGAUGUAUAGUACAGCCCGCCUUUCUCCUCUUUCGCUUACCUAUUUCCAUUAUUGCUUGGAGAACGGGGUUUAUACUGUCCAUUUGCACUUUGCUGAGAUACUAUUUAUCAAUGACAAUACAUAUAGCAGUCUUGGAAGGCGAAUCUUUGAUAUUUAUAUACAGGAUAAGUUAGUGCAGAAGGAUUUUAAUAUUGAAGACGAGGCUCUGGGAGCUCAAAAGCCUUUGAUAAAGCAAUUUAAUGCAACUGUGAAGAAUAAUAUUCUGGAAAUCCGAUUUUAUUGGGCUGGCAAAGGAACCACAAGGAUACCAAACAGAGGUGUUUAUGGCCCCCUUGUAUCAGCUAUUUCUGUCAAUCCUAAUUUUAAAUCUUGCUCAGAUGGGAACAAGAAAAAUUUAACUGUUUAUGUUAGUGUUGGAGUAGUGGUAGCACUCUUGGUCAUUGUGUCAACACUUGCUAUUCUUUGGUGGAAAGGUUAUUUGCAUGGAUGGAAGAGGAAAGAAAAAGAUUUUGAUGGACUAGAGCUGCAAAUGGUUUGUUUUACUCUCAAACAACUUAAAGUUGCUAGUAAAAACUUCGAUACAAUGAAUAAGAUUGGAGAAGGUGGUUUUGGUCCAGUUUACAAGGGUUUGUUACCUGAUGGAACUGUAAUCGCUGUCAAGCAACUAUCAUCUAAAUCAAAACAAGGAAAUCGAGAAUUCUUGAAUGAGAUUGGCAUGAUUUCUUGUUUGCAGCACCCUAAUCUUGUUAAACUUCAUGGUUGUUGCAUUGAAGGAGUUCAGUUAAUGCUGGUCUAUGAGUACAUGGAAAACAACAGUCUUGCCCGUGCUCUGUUUGAAUCUGAUGACAGUCAGAUAUUACUGGAUUGGCCGACAAGGUUCAAGAUUGCUGUGGGGAUUGCUAAAGGUUUAUCUUUUCUCCAUGAAGAAUCAAGUGUAAAAAUUGUUCACAGAGAUAUCAAAGCAACUAAUGUGCUGCUUGAUAGAGACUUGAAUCCGAAGAUAUCAGACUUUGGGUUGGCUAGGCUGAAUGAAGAUGAGAAGACUCAUAUCAGCACAAGAAUCGCCGGAACAAUAGGUUAUAUGGCACCUGAAUAUGCUUUAUGGGGUUACUUGACAUAUAAGGCAGAUGUUUAUAGCUAUGGAGUAGUGGCAUUGGAAAUUGUUAGUGGCAAGAACAACAACAGUUACAUGCCAAGUAACAACUUCAUGUGUCUACUGGAUUGGGCCUGUCACUUGCAACAUAGUAAAAAGUACGAGGAGCUUCUGGAUAGGAGGUUAGGGUUGCAAGUAAACGAAGAAGAAGUCGAUAGAUUGGUGAAAGUUGCACUCUUGUGUACAAAUGCUUCUGCUUCACUCAGGCCUACAAUGUCAGAGGUGGUGAGCAUGCUUGAAGGGCAGAUGGCUAUUCCGGAUGCAAUCCCAGAAACAAGUACAUAUACUGAAGAUCUGCGGUUCAAAGCCAUGAGAGAUUUUCACCGCGAAAAGCAAACUCACAGUCUUACCGAAAGCCGAACUCAAAACUCAACGACAAUACAAACCGAUUUGGGUUCAUCUUCUACUUCAAAUGCUGAGUUGUUUGAAAUCAAUCCAGACAAAUUAUGACACCAAAUCUUUUGACAUUUUUGCCAUGCACCUUCUGGCCUAGCCUCUGCAGCUGUACCGACUGGUUGCCACUUGUCACGCUCAGAACUCAUAAAACCUCAGGCUGGUGGAGAUUGAUUACAUGUAUCCUUUAAAGCCAAUCCAUGAAAAAGAUUCAACAUAGAGAGCUUCCAUAUUUGUUAAGUGCUGCUAGUAUUGUUAACUGGUGUACAUUAUCUUAAAGGGCAGUCAUGUUGUCCUUUAUUUUUGUCAGAUUACUGUUUGCUGGGAGUGCAGCAACAACAUCAUGUACAUUUCCUGUUCGUAUUUGAGGGAUCAGAGCAGUGCUAUCACUUUCUGGAUGACAAUUUGUUGUACAAUCUGUAAAUUUGUGUGCGGCACUAAACAUGUAAGAUUAUUAUCUCCAAUUAAAAUUUGGAAUAUUUAAGUAUUUAUUUGAACAGAGUUCUUUGUGUUA